AUGUGUUUCAAGUACAAGUGCGACGGCUGCAAGCGCGGAAAGUACGACUACUGCAGAGAAUACCGGGAAAACUACGAAGGAGGACGCCGCUGGUGCAACGUCGAGGAGGAGCAGCCUUGGGGUCACAAGCUCAAGCGCUGCCACACCUGUAUCACAGUCGUCGGCGCCAUCAAGGAGCUGAACGCGCUGGUUUUCCGCGAGCCAUGGCUCAUUACCGAGGGCGUGGCAGGGGCGCCACAGAAAGAGGCCUGGGAGUUGGAGGGAGAGGAUGGGGCGGGUGUUGAGGAGGAGGACGCGGGUUCCGACCCUCUUGACGGGCUGACAGCAGAGGAGAGAGCGAAGCGUCGUGAUGCCGCCAUGGAGGCUCUCAUGCGUCGCUGGGGCUUGAUGGCGGCGGAGCAAGCCGUGGAGACAGAGGCCAAGUAG